AUGCUCCUCUGCAACGCAGGUGUGAGCAGUGUCCUGCUCGGCGCGGUGCUCGGCGCUGUGGCCCGGUCGCCGGCAUAUCCCGAAAACAUAGACCCACAGUCCACCGACAUCUUGGCUGACGCUCAGGAUGCCCAGUUCGCCCAUGCGCCAACGGAACAGUUUCCGGUCGACGGCCCUGCAGACUCAUCUCCUUAUGGCCGGGGCAAGCCUUCGAACCCCUCCGAUGGCAGACCGCCUAGACGUCGCCCUCCGCCUGGCAGUCCUCCCCCGAGUCAUGUAAACAGAACGGUUUAUGAGUUCCUUGCCGAGGACAAAGGGUUUUCGAAGCUAACAAAGCUCGUCAAGCUCAACAACGAAACGGUUGACUUGUUGAACCAAACGUCGACUAACAUCACUUUCUUCGCUGUACCGAAUUGGGCCCUACCAAAACGUCCUCAUCAUCGGCCAGGACGUCAUCGAGACGAGGACACAUCGAUCGAAGUCGACAUCGCAGAUAUAGACGAUUUGAACAUCCGCUCUUUCCUCAAAACACACUCGUCAGUCGCUGAUGAUGAGAGGAAGAAACUCUUCAAGCAGAUAAUUGGCUACUUGAUUCGCUACAACACCAUCAUGGCAUCGCUGCCAGUUCACAAGCUCCACGAGAACACCACCUACGCUACGAACUUAACUCUUCCCGACGGUUCUCUAGGAGGUGAAGCACUGCGAGUCCGAGUUGAUGGAAUCUUGCAGCCUUCCAUCAACUUCUUCUCUCGCGUAGUGCGAUCCGUCGUCGUCUCUAAUGGUAUCGUCCAUAUCAUCAAUGACCCCGUGACUUUCGCGCCGCCCGUAUUCCAGGAACUGUACGCUUUCCCGGAGGUUUUUGCUACAGUGACCAGCGCUCUCCAGCACACAGGCCUCGACAACGCCUUGGAUUGGCGUUACGUCGGCGAUGGUCAAUUCGAGGGCAAUUCGACAGUGACCUUCUUUGCGCCGUCCAAUCGUGCGUUCGACCGCCUCCCGCCUGCGCUCAAGAGAUUCCUGUUCUCGGCGUUGGGUGCGAAGGCUUUGACCAAGAUCCUCCAGCUGCAUGUCGUGCCGAACUUCGUAUUCCAUUCCGAUUAUUCCUUCAACGCGAGUUCCGGUCUGCAAGACAGCGGCAAAGAUCUCAGCAAUGCAGAGGACUCCGCGUUUCUUCCCAUCCUAGACAACGUCGCCGCGCUUGGACUCGAUCGGCAUUUCCCUCCUUUCCCUCCCUCGGAUGAGUGUGGGCCUGACUUCCAGGAGCAUGGACGGCACGCAGACGUAUCGCGUGGCAACAACCGCGGUCCCGGAACGUUCGAUGAUGGCGAGCGGGGGCCUGGCCGCCGCUGCAAGUCCUGUUGGUGGCCAUUCGGCUGCAAGCAGUCCGAUAAACGCAAGACGCGUUCAGGCGUUGCUAAAACGGGUCCGCGUGGACGAGAGGACCCUCCAGCGCGCUUUCCCGAGCAUCCACCCCCGCCCACGCCUCCGCCGCGUCGCCCGGCCCCGGGUUCCAAGCACCCUGGCCCCGGUGGUAAGAAACAUUCACCGUCGCCACCACCUCAUGCGCCUUGCGCGCCUCUUCCGAUGCCACACCAUUCACCGAUAUCGACCAUCUCACAUUCUUUCCCGAGCCUUCUCCCGAACCACACGUUAUCGGUCAACGUAACCACCUUCGAGUUGAAGCUUCCUGUAGGUCACGCCAUCCGGAAGAUCACGAAGAUCAACGUCAAUGGCGUGCCGUUGCACGUCCAAGACGUACCGAGCCGCAAUGGUGCCGUGCAUAUUGUCGACAGACUUCUGCAUCCCUUCCGAACCCAUUCCGAGCCCGCCGUCGUUGUCGAUGUUGGAGAUCAUCACGGUGAAGAUAUUUGGGGGGACUGGGAGGACUGGUUGCCACUCUGGGCGUCUCAGUAA